AUGAUUUUCAUAUUGCAGGUGAUGUGCCUUCAGGAUUUUUUUGGUGAUGAUGACAUAUUUAUUGCAUGUGGUCCUGAAAAAUUUCGUUACCAGGAUGACUUCUUGCUAGAUGAAAGCGAAUGUCGUGUAGUGAAAUCCACUUCCUAUACCAAAAUAGCUUCAACAUCACGUCGGAGCACCACCAAGAGCCCAGGUCCAUCUAGACGCAGCAAAUCUCCAGCAUCCACCAGCUCAGUUAAUGGAACUCCUGGUAGUCAGCUUUCUACUCCCCGUUCCGGGAAGUCUCCAAGCCCUUCUCCUACUAGCCCAGGAAGCUUGCGGAAACAGAGGAGCUCUCAGCACAGUGGUUCCUCUACCUCACUAGCCUCUACCAAAGUCUGCAGUUCAAUGGAUGAAAAUGAUGGGCCUGGUGAAGAAGUGUUGGAUGAAGGCUUCCAGGUUCCAGCCUCAAUAGCAGAGAGGUAUAAAGUUGGCCGGACAAUAGGAGAUGGAAAUUUUGCCAUUGUGAAAGAGUGUAUAGAAAGGUCAACUGGUAGAGAAUAUGCCCUGAAAAUCAUUAAAAAAAGUAAAUGUAGAGGAAAGGAGCACAUGAUUCAGAAUGAAGUUUCUAUUUUAAGACGGGUCAAACAUCCCAAUAUUGUUCUUCUGAUUGAGGAAAUGGAUAUGCCCACUGAGUUGUAUCUUGUCAUGGAGCUUGUAAAAGGAGGAGAUCUUUUUGAUGCUAUUACCUCCACAAAUAAGUAUACAGAGAGGGAUGCCAGUGGGAUGCUGUACAACCUGGCCAGUGCCAUCAAGUACCUUCAUAGCUUGAACAUAGUUCACAGGGAUAUCAAACCUGAGAAUCUACUGGUCUAUGAGCACCAAGAUGGAAGCAAGUCUUUGAAGCUGGGAGAUUUUGGACUGGCCACUAUAGUAGAUGGACCUCUUUACACAGUCUGUGGAACCCCAACCUAUGUUGCUCCAGAAAUCAUUGCAGAAACUGGAUAUGGCCUGAAGGUGGACAUCUGGGCAGCUGGUGUGAUUACUUACAUCCUGCUGUGUGGUUUUCCUCCAUUCCGUGGAAGUGGAGAAGACCAGGAGGUUCUUUUUGAUCAGAUUUUGAUGGGACAAGUAGAUUUCCCAUCUCCGUAUUGGGAUAAUGUAUCUGACUCUGCAAAGGAACUAAUUACUAUGAUGCUUCAGGUAGAUAUAGAUCAGCGAUUUUCAGCUUUGCAAGUCCUUGAGCAUCCAUGGGUUAAUGAUGAUGGCCUUCCAGAAAAUGAGCAUCAGUUGUCAGUAGCUGGGAAGAUAAAAAAACAUUUCAACACAGGCCCUAAGCCCAACAGUACAGCUGCUGGAGUUUCCGUUAUAGCAACCACCGCUCUUGAUAAGGAGAGGCAGGUUUUCCGACGAAGACGCAACCCGGAUGUGAGGGGACGUUAUAAGCCACAGCCACCACCUCCUGAACUCAACUCUGAAUCAGAAGACUAUUCACCAAGUUCAUCUGAGACUGUUCGCUCACCCAAUUCACCCUUUUAAUACAUCACUUCUGUUGAAGGUCUUGGCUUAACCCUUUGAGAUUUUGACAACAAUUCUUGAAACCGUGUGCAAUUUUUCCAUUUGAUUUUGUCUGUAUCAGUUGCUUGACAAAGAUGCCAGAAAGGAGUUUUACAGUAUCUUUGUAACAAUAGUUUCCUAUAUGAUUGAGAUGGUCUUUGUUUUCUGUCUAGACUAGCCUCCUGCAGCCUGACACCCAUAGAUGUGGUGGGACUGUCCUUCCAGAAUUUCCGAGCAUUUCUGCCUCACAUUGGAGAAU